AUGGUGGACGUGCCGAGGCAUUACCGAAAGUACUACGUCUCGUACAAGAAGAUUAAAAGGACUAUACUCAAGAUGGGGCACAAGUACAAAAAGAAGCUCGAGAAGGACUUCAUGCGAAGUGCUGCCAGGAGGGUUGACGAGCAGGGCAUAAAACUGCUGCCCCCCUUCUUGUUCAACGACCUCAUCACCCAGGAAAUCAAAAAGAUAAACAAAUUUUCGGAAAAAAAAUACGACGAAAUUAUCGACAGCCUGAUGACAACCUACAAGCAGCUGAAGUCGGUCGAGAGCUACCGCGACAAAAACGAAGAAGAAGAAUUGGAGAAGAAGAUAGACUUAAUAGGCUGUGAUAUUGUGCAUUUUGACUUUUACAUUCACAAGAAUUGCAAAAUAUUAAUGAAGUUGGGUUUUUUUUUCGAUCAUGUAAUGAGCAUCUCCAUCAACCAGUGGCUGCUCCUUGGCUUAAUAAAGGAGAAGUUCUGCAACAUCAAUGUGGACGAGUUGGUGGUGUAUCUCUCCCUCUUGUAUGCCCUGCACCGUUCGAAGUGUGCAGCUAACACAUACAGUGCCGCUGACCCAUACAGUGCAGCUACCCCCCCAGAGGGCAAGACCUGGGUUCCACCCGAGAUCUUCGAACGCACAUCAACGAAGUUUCUAAUGAAGUACGAGGACAUCGUAUACACCAAAGUCAAAAUUGUAAAGCACCUGCCUUAUUUAAUAUUUGGCCUAAGCAACCAGGACCUGGAGGCUCACUUCCGAAAAUUCGUCCAAAUGAAGAAGCGCAAACUCGCCGAUGAGACAGGUGCAGACUUUGACCAUACGCAGGGGAAAAACAAAGCGCUCAACGAAUCUCAACAGAUAACUUCGGUCUACUUGGACAAUAAAGAAGCCACGUGUUACCGUAACCGAAUUUUGAGAUAUGAGAACGCACAACUUAUUCGGUUCAGAUGGUACAACGACAACGAUGGAGACCCCGAGAAAAUCAUUUUUAUUGAGAGGAAGAUUCACCACGAGGAGUGGACCGGAGAGACCUCCACGAAGGAGAGAUUCGAGUUGGAGCAGAAGCACUUGUUCAAGUUUAUGACUGGCCAAAUGGACGUGCGGAAGUUUUUCCAAAAGAGGCGAACCGCAAUGGGGAAGAAACCCACCCUUCUGAGAAGUCCUUCAGUGGCGAAAACUCCUUCUUCGAUUAAUUUGCACAAGAAAACGAAGAAGAACGAGGCGCUCGCUACGGAGAUCCAAGCCAUGAUAACCAAAAAUGGGCUGGAACCCAUCAUCAGAACAUCCUACCUCAGAUCGGCGUUCCAACUCAGUAACGACAACUCUGUCAGGAUCUCCAUCGACACAAACGUGUCCAUGCUGAACGAAUACGUACGAAAAAGAGACCAUUGGUGUAGGUUAGCAGAGGAGGCCUUGCGAACAAAUGAAAUAAGGCGAUUAAAUUAUGCAAUAAUAGAAGUCAAACUGAAAGUAGAGAAAAUCCCACAGUGGGUCCAAGCCAUACUAAACAGUAACCAUUUUAUUAACGCUUAUAAGUAUUCAAAAUAUCAAACAGCCAUGGCUUUGUUACACCCGGAGAAAAUUAAAUACAUUCCUGUCUGGAUCCAUGCUAAUGUCCAUGAAAAAUUCAAGCCUAGCAAUAAUUAUGCCGAAUCCGUCCUCACAGGCUGUAGUAGUUCUGCAAAGGGAGAUAACCCUAACGUCGAUUCUAUGCAGGCAGCAGUUGGGCUAACCAUCGAAAGGGUUGGCAUUAUCGCCCCUGCACCAAGUGACCGCCACGAAAUAAUCCCCCUACAGUGGGAAAAUAGUAACCUCCUUCUGAACAGAAGAAACAAAAUUGAUGCGAACGGUUAUAUACACCGAACGAUCACCCCAGCCUCUCAUGAGUCCCUAGAAAAAUGGAACAUGUUAGACAAGACUUCCCUCUGGCUGAGUCACAAAUAUAGCAGAAAUAAAAAUGCGCAGGAGAAAAUCGACCUGCUGAAAAUGGAUCCCAAAAUAAAUUUUGCCGCGGAGAGAACUUUUCUUCAUUACUCCCUGGUCUCCGUGUAUAUCACCUUGUUGGCACUUUUCUUAGAAAAAUAUAAAAAUGAAAAUGAGCAUUUGGACAUUGUCAUUAUUUUGCUCCUCGCAACUUCCUUCUCGUCUCUCAUAUCGUCCUACUUCCUCUUUUUGAAACGCAUCGAGAUUAUUGAGCGGCGAAAGACGAAGGAACCUCUGCUGGGACGCCGCCGCUUCGACAGCUUUUACAGCCCCCUCAUUUUUUUACUCCUCCUCUUCUUCUCCAUCAUUUUGUCAAUAUAUUUCAACUUCAACGUGAAGGCGAUAAAGGCGGCGCGCUGGACCCCCUUCACCUUUUUGUGCGUCCCCUUUCGCGUAAAGUGA